UCAAUAAAACUUUGUCCACUGGGACUCAGAAUGUUCAACACACAAGCCGUCCAUCCCAGAAUGAGGUCUUGCAAAGAUAUCUUUGUGUUACUUUUAUUUCUUUAUACAGUUCAAGGAAAUAUACUGGAUAAGUAUGUACAGACAAAUGGAGCUUGGAUAGAUAGUCUUCAAAAGAACCAAUACAGAACACUCAGUAAAGAAGAAUGUGCUGAGAAAUGUGAUGGUGAAACAGAAUUUAUUUGCAGAUCUUUUAUAUUUGCUGUCAAAGUGGAAACAUGCACUACUCUACCUGACAACAGCAAAACAGCACACCUGUUCAGAAAAGCAGAUGCUAUUCUCUUUGAAAAAAGAAUUUUUCUACUUAAUUGCAGACGAGGAAAUGGUUAUGACUACAGAGGAACCAUAUCUACCACUCGGAGAGGUGUAACUUGCCAGCGCUGGGCAAGCAACAGUCCUCAUGUACCCAACUAUUCACCGAGAACUCACCCUAAUGCAUCGUUAGAAAAAAAUUUCUGUAGGAAUCCGGAUAACGAUGAGGAAGGCCCCUGGUGCUACACAACGGAUCCUGAAACCAGAUUUGAUUAUUGCAACAUCCCGGAAUGUGAAGUUCAAUGCAUGCACUGCAGUGGGGAAAACUAUCAAGGCACAAUUUCCCAAACAGAAUCUGGGCUUCAGUGUCAGGCUUGGAAUUCUCAAGAACCUCACUCUCAUGGAUACGUUCCUUCAAAUUUUCCAGAAAAGAAUCUCCAGUCAAAUUACUGUCGUAAUCCUGAUGGCGAGCCCCGUCCUUGGUGUUUCACCACCAGCCCAACUAAACGCUGGGAAUAUUGCAACAUUCCACGGUGUACUUCGCCUUCACCAGUCCCCAUCACAGGGCGCCAGUGUCUUACGGGAAGGGGAGAAGACUAUCGAGGGAAUGUCGAUGUCACUGCUUCAGGAGCAAAAUGCCAGUCCUGGGCAGCCCAGACACCUCACCAACAUGGAAGAACCCCAGAAGCCUACCCUUGCAAAGGUUUAGAAGAAAAUUAUUGCAGAAACCCUGAUGGGGAGACCAGUCCUUGGUGCUACACCACCGAUCCCAAUAAACGGUGGGAAUACUGCAAUAUUCCUAGCUGCGGUGCUGUAGUAACAGCUGCUACUACUGCUGCACUUCUUCCUGUUAAACCUGCUCAACCUACAUUUGUUGAAGACUGCUAUCGGGGCAAUGGUGAAGAUUACCGGGGUACUGCUUCAUUGACUGUCUCAGGAAAGAAGUGCCAAGCAUGGUGGUCUAUGAAACCUCAUCCACACACAAAAACCCCAUCUGCCUACCCAGAAGCGGACCUAAGAAGAAAUUACUGCAGAAACCCAGAUAAAGAUGAUAACGGACCCUGGUGCUUCACAACUGAUUCCAGCACGAGAUGGGAGUACUGCAAUCUGCAGAAGUGCACGGAUCAAGUGCAGCAGGAGCCUACAGCAUCAGAAAAUAUGCAAACAGAUUGUCGGUUUGGUAACGGUAAGGACUACCGUGGAAAGAUUGCAGUAACAGUGAGUGGCAAGAGUUGCCAAGAGUGGCGUUUGCAGACACCUCAUAAGCAUGAUUCCUUCACACCGCUGACUCACCCACGUUCAGGCCUGGAAAGGAAUUAUUGCAGAAAUCCUGAUAGUGAUAAUAAUGGUCCCUGGUGUUAUACCAAAGACCCAAGAACAGCCUGGGAAUAUUGUGACAUCCCACAGUGCCCUCCUCCUGAAUAUGAGUGUGGAAAAGCCAAGUAUAAACCAGCCCUGUGUUAUGGAAGGAUUGUUGGCGGGUGUGUUUCAAAUCCCCAUUCUUGGCCCUGGCAGAUCAGUCUCCGAUUAAGAAUCCUAGAUGCGCACUUCUGUGGAGGCACAUUAAUAAGUCCACAAUGGGUUCUGACAGCAACUCACUGCUUGCAACGUAAAUGUUCCUUUUGCAGGUCAUCAAGGGCUUCAACUUAUAAAGUGGCAGUUGGGUCACACACAGAGAGAGCUUUAGAGCCAUCCACACAACACCGAGAUAUUGAGAAAAUAUUCAAAGAACCAAACGGGGCAGAUAUUGCCCUGCUGAAACUGAGCAGCCCUGUACUGAUCACCAACGAAGUAAUUCCAGCAUGUUUGCCUUCUGUCAAUGCAGUGGUACCAGGCGGGGCAGAAUGCUAUGUCACUGGAUGGGGUGAUACAAAAGGAACUGGUGGAGAGGGAUUACUGAAAGAGACUGGCUUCCCUGUAAUUGAAAAUAAAGUGUGUAAUCGGCCUGAUUUUCUGGGUGGCAGAGUCAGAACCACUGAACUCUGUGCCGGUAAUAUUGAUGGUGGCACCGAUAGUUGUCAGGGUGACAGUGGAGGCCCUCUGGUUUGUGAAGAACAAGGGAAAUAUAUUGUUCAUGGCGUCACCUCUUGGGGUCUUGGCUGUGCCGAGGCCAUGAAACCAGGGGUUUAUGUUCGAGUUUCCAGGUUUAUUCCAUGGAUUGAAAGAACGAUGAGGGAAAACGAGUGAUCUUUUGAUGAAGGCAAGAUGCACAAACAAGCACAUGAAAGGGAUCCAGAGUGCAAUAUUAUGUUUGAUUAACAUGAAUGUAAAAUAAAAUCAUGCACAUGUAACCUAAA